GGAUCACAUGCGUUUUGCAAGCCACCGAAAGCUUAAUUUGAAAUUGUUUGUUUCUGUUAAUUUUCUGCAUCGAUAUGGAAAUUAGUUUUUGAUAACAGAAAUUAGCACAGGUUUCACCUGAAUACCUGCCGAAUAGAAUGCGGGCGGUUUCAUUAUCAGAUAAUUAUUAUGCAUAAAAGUGUGAUAAUGUGCACUAUUAUCGUUAGUUUUUGAAUACGACAAUUGAACAUAUUUAUUGUGUGUUGUGACUUAAAGCUGUGCUUUAUUUUACCAGUUAUUUUUUAUGAGAACAUAAAACUAAGUGUAUAUGUAGCAUAGCACGUUCAGUUCUAAUUUUCAACGGCUUUUAUGAAAUAAUAAAUAGGACAAUUUUGUAAUUUGCAAUCCGUUAUCAAGAUGAACAAUUUGAGUUCACAUUUUUCAUAUUUUAUAAUAAACAAAACCUGACCUUUCCCACAACGUUACUGGCGUCGAGUCUGGCGAUAAUACAGUUUUUUUUCUAAUUUCCAUUGUGGUUGCAUGGUAACAACGCAAUUUAUAAUCGCACAAUUCGGGGUAUAUCGAGCAUUGUGGUACACUCGAGAAAAACGAACACCAUACAGCAUCAUCACAGGAACAAUUUUUCCGAAACGUAUAUACUCAUCGGAAGCGUAUAAUUUAUCCUUUUUAAACAUUUUAGAGUUUCAAAGUUUUAUCGAAGUGUAAUGUUCGUGAAAGGAUAAUGCCAGCUAUAAAUAUGUGCCGGGAUAAAUAAACUAUAUUCUCGUAGUGUGAAAACUUUCUAUCUCUCUAAAAUUUUAUACAACAUUUGCACUGAAAUCAACGAUGGCGAAUCAAUCUAAUACAUCGACGGAUGAUGUGGUGUACUGUGGAAAAGGAUUAGAUGACUUUCACACAGGAUAUCUUUCCAUUCAUGGAUACCUCAGUAUACUAGUCUGCACGUUCGGUAGCAUAGCGAAUAGUUUGAAUAUUAUUGUGUUGACGCGGCGUGAAAUGCGGUCACCCACUAAUUUAAUUCUGACCGGACUAGCCAUUGCCGAUCUACUUGUAAUGAUAGACUAUAUACCAUUCGCUUGCAUUGGUUACAUUCUGCCACAAUUGAACUAUUCAAAGGAACAACUAUUAAGCUACAGUUGGACAUGGUAUGUCCUGUUUCACUCAAUAUUUGCACAAAUUUUACACACAACAGCUAUUUGGUUAACGGUCACAUUAGCAAUUUGGCGGUACAUAGCGGUCGCCCAUCCACAAAGAAAUCGCAUUUGGUGCAAUAUGAAAACGACCCUAAUAGCAAUAACUAGCUCCUAUGUCGUGUGUCCGUUUAUAGCGAUUCCAUUGUAUCUAUCUUCAAGUAUAAAACCAUCCGUUGAGUUGUUGGACGAGAAUGGAUUUCCUUUCAAAGGGAAUAACACUGCGGACGCUCGUAAUGUCACUCUAUAUAGAGUCGGGCCAAGUGAAUUAGCUAAAAAUAACGAAUCGUUAAACAAUGCAAAUUUAUGGAUAUACAGUGUUGCUAUUAAGCUCAUACCGUGUGUUGCACUAACUAUACUCAGUUUGCGUUUAAUUUUCGCAUUGCUAGAAGCGAAGAGACGUAGGAAACAAUUGACUGGUAAUUCAGCCGGUAUGAAAGUGAUUGUAAACGGAAAGGCUGUUGACAAAUCAACUAAAACCAAUAAAACACUGGAAAAGGAAAAGCAAACCGAUCGAACGACACGGAUGCUAUUGGCUGUUUUGCUACUGUUCUUAACCACGGAAUUUCCGCAAGGAAUUUUGGGAUUGCUGAGCGCUUUACUCGGUGAGAAAUUCUUCAAUCAGUGCUACUUGAAGCUUGGUGAUUUCAUGGACAUCCUAGCACUACUCAAUUCUGCCAUCAAUUUCAUCCUUUACUGUUCGAUGAGUCGUCAAUUCCGCACAACAUUUACAGUACUCUUCCGGCCGAAAUUUAUCGAAAAAUGGAUACCAGUGGCCCAGGACGACGACGAGAAUAAUUUGGGCCGCACCGACAUCGGCAAAGACAAUAACGGUCACACGACAGUGGUGACACAGGUCUAGCAGAUGCAUGGACGUUUCGAUGAGCAAACGACAUCGGGCUGUUGGAGUUGCUUGAAAUUUUCGAAAAAAUCAACCACCACAACGAAUUCCUGUUCCCUGCUCUAGAAGCGUCCUUGUUUGUUAGUCCUAUAUUACAAGUAUGAUUUUUAAAACGAAUGUGAAAUUGUGUUAUUCAUUGAAUGCGAUGGAAAGAAAAAUUAAAUUUGGUUAUUACAUAGAGGUCUACAUAGUAAAUGGACAUUAAUUUGUAAGUGUGAUCAGUUAAACUAAUGUAAAUAGAGUACACUGUCACAGACAGUGUACGUUAUAAAAAAAAUAAUUGAAUUGUGAUACAAAAGAAAACUUUCGAAGUUUUAAACAUAAGUUUUACCAAAAAUGUUGAUUUAAGAUAAACCAAAAGCGUUCAUGGUUGGUAUGUAGAAUCGAUUUUUUUUUUCAUGCAUGCAGUAGGUUUUCAUAGGUUUUAUAAGAAUUGAAAGUGAAAUAAAUGUAGCUCCAUUAAAUAAUAUUAUUCUCAUAUGGAUCAAUGGUAGUUGAAACAAAAGUUCUGGUAGUUCUGGUCAGUCAAUAGUCAAUGGCAUGAAAAGCAUUUCUACUCGGAACAUACAGACAUUUCUCUCAGAUAAUUUAAAUAAUACGACUUGUUCCAUUUCUUUCUCUGAAUUAACAAAAAACAAAACACAAACGUGAAACGUGGUGUGUGUCUCCUUCUUUUCGGAUGUAAAAUGACUACAUUAGAUGCUGGCGUCGUAAUUGAUUUAUUUCGCUUAAAAUUCUAGUUUAUUCAUCUCUAAGGCGUAUACGUAACAUUGGAAACGACACACAUCUGUACCGCCACGAAGAAAUAUUGUUUCGUUUUACAAAGUAAAUUGAAAUUUAAAACGAAUUCGAAUUUGGAAACGUACGGAAUGAGGAGAUAUUGCGCUAGUAACGUAAAUCUUUAACAUGGACUUAAUAACUUAUUACGCUCAUUGAGAACGAACCGAAUGCCAUGCCUAUAAUCUCACUUUUGAGAAAAACGGUUGGAGGUAGUCGUUAUUUCUAAGAACUCUGUGGUAGUCCUCAAAAUUUCACCUAUCGCCAGCAGAUGAUAGCACUCGGGAUCGAAAGGCUGAAGCGCACCCAAAGACCGCAGGUUCGUUUCCUGGCUAAAAAGAUUGUUUGAAAAGGAUUGUUCACCCAGUUGAUAUUGUAUCUACAACCCAAAAAAUGUCACA